UACAUUAUAUUAAUAAUCGAACAACGAAGAAAUCGAUCAAGUAUUUGAUCGAUCUAAUCACAACACUAAAAAUAACGUCAUAUGUUAUUGAUACAGAAGGUGAUCCAUCACGAAACCCGCCACUUCCAUCGCUUAUUCAAAUAUUACCCGUGCCAACCUCGGUUCCACCACCAGUAGUCAUAUUAAUCGAAGUUAACUGGUUGCUAUCGUCAAAAUCAUCACAUGGAAAUGCAAUAAAGGAACUUUGCAAUGAAAUUUUUAAAUUAAAUCAUACAUUUAUGGCUUGGGGCGAUGUUCGUAAAGAAUUAAAAGCGUUUACAGAAUUUAACUUAUUUAAACUUUCAAAUGUUGUCAAUAGACGAAAUAAUCAAGCCGAAUUUCGUCGUUAUUAUAAUUACUCAUCCACACCUUCCAGAAUGUUUAAGAGUAGAAGAUAUUAG